CCCAAGGCCCAGUUUUCCGCCCAGCGGAACCUGGUGGGGCACAGCUGGGACCCUGCACGUUGGCGGAAUGGACCUGACCUGGGCCACGCAAGAGAGUGAGGCGGUGGCGGAGAAGGUGCUCCGGUAUCGGCGGGACGCGUCGGGCUGGAAGAAGUGCCGGGAAGGCAAUGGAGUUUCAAUUUCCUGGAGGCCAUCUGAGGAGUUUCCAGGGAAUCUGUACCGGGGAGAAGGGAUUCUGUGCGGGACACCAGAAGAGGUGUGGGAUUGUGUCAAGCCGGUUGCUGGGGGCCUCCGGGAGAAGUGGGAUGACAAUGUGAACAGCUUUGAAAUUGUCCAGAGCAUCACGGAUACGCUGUGUGUGAGCAGAACCUCCACGCCCUCAGCCGCCAUGAAGCUUAUCUCUCCCAGGGACUUCGUGGACUUGGUGCUGGUGAAGACAUAUGAGGAUGGCACCAUCAGCUCCAAUGCUACUCACGUGGAGCAUCCAUUGUGUCCCCCAAAGCCAGGUUUUGUGAGAGGAUUUAACCAUCCGUGCGGGUGCUUCUGUGAACCACUGCCAGGGGAGCCCAACAAAACCAACUUGGUCACAUUCUUCCAGACAGACCUGAAUGGCUACCUCCCUCAGAGCGUAGUGGACUCCUUCUUCCCUCGCAGCAUGGCUGAGUUCUACCCCAACCUUCAGAAGGCGGUGAGGAAGUACCAUCACUGACAGUCGCCUGUGGGCAAGGAUUGCCUGUGGUCCUGCAGGAACUCCAGCUGUCGAGUGAGCCUCACGGGACAUGGAAGAGCUGCUGUGGCCUUUUGAGAUGCCACAAUAAACAGCAAAUCUCAGGGUACCAUUCCAGAGGAGCAGCCCAUCCCCCACACCACCCUCCUUCCUCCUGGGCUUGGUGUGGAAGUUGCUGAGCUGUCCGUCAGCUUGACGUGAUGCACACAUACACCUGGCAGAGCAGGGCAGGUCCUGCUAUGGCUACCUGAGAGAUGGCUCAAGUACUCUGAUUCCUUGUGGUCCAGAGCCCUGUGUUCUGGUUGCUGUCACACAUCUUGUCCCUGUGCUGGUCUUGAAGAAUCAUCAUCCAUUGUGGUCGCUAAGUCCUGCUUCCCCUGGCAUCCGGAGUUCCCAGAUUUCUGUGUUCCCUUUCUGAUAUGCUUUUGUAUACAAAUUUUUAGCACAAGACUUUCCCCCUUUACAAAAGUGUCAGCUUGGGAAAUGAUGUUUUAAACCACGGGAUAAGCCUUAAGGAAAAACCCUUUCAAUCUGCCUUUUGUGGUAUCUUCCAGCAGAAUCAUCUCUUUCUACCUGUUUUUCCCUUCAUGGGCUAAGGUUCACAUUUCCAUGAAACCAGUUUGUAUCUGCCUCAGGCUAAUUUGUAUCUUUGGGAAGGAGUGUGAGUCCUCGUGGCCCCUGUGAGUGAUUCUGAGUGGAGGCAGUUGCUCCUGUGUGCAUGCUGGACUCUUGUCCCGACCCGCAGGAGAAAGGCUCCUGGCAGACUGUGGAGGAGAGCCCCCGACAUACACCUCACUGUGCCCUCGGUUGUGAUGGUGAGGGUGUCUCCUUAGCUUUCCAAAUAAAUUUAGAUUCUUGCUUUCUGUCAUAUGGAGAAAGGAAAGAUUUCUGUCAGCCGACAUUGUCUUCAGAGACAUGGUGCCCUCACAAUCCCGCUGCUCUCCUCUAGUAGAUUUUAAUAAUUUUAAUAAUUCCCUACUCUUUCUCCCUUUGUUCUUCUCACUGUUGUUGUGGUUGGGCGGCCCGGAUUUUGUCAGAGGGCACAGUUUCAUCUUGUUGAGGAUUGUUCAGAAUGUCCCACAAUCUGCACAGAUCUGUCUGGUUUUCCUGCUGCCGCCCUGUUGUGGACCUUGACUGUUGAUCUCUUUCUGUGGUCUCUCUCUCUGGUUUGGCCUCCAUCCUAAGCUUACUUAAUUGCUGUACCAUUAUUUUGGAUGCGAUCCACCAUGGGUUUUCUGAGACAGGCUUUCUCUUUGGCCUUAGAUUUACCAAAUAGGCUACAUUGGAUGGCCGGCCAGUUCCAGGGACCCGUACUUUCUGCAUCCCUGGGUCUGGGAUUAUACAUUGAAUGUCACUACAUCUGGUUAUUUUGUUUUAUUUUGUUUUGGGGGAUUUUUGUUUUUGUUUGUUUGUUUGGUUGGUUGGUUGGUUGUUUUUUGUUUGUUUUGUUUUUUUGUUUUUUCUUGUCUCUGGGGAUUAAGUUCAGGUUAAUGCACGGCAAGCAUUUUACUGACAGCUGUCUCCCCAGCCCCACGCCUUUUACUGUUAGAUCAAAUGUACCUUCUGUUAAAUCUAAUAGAUUGAUGCAAAUGG